AUGAAGGGGGAACCGUGCGCGCCGUGCGUCAGAUCUGUAACCAUGGGGAUGGGCCUAUCGCCGUUCCACAGCCACCAUCAUGUAGAUAUGAGAUCUGCUACGUUACGCAAACGUGGAGCCUGGUAACACACUGCAAGUGACUAUCCGGCAGACUGAACUGCGCGGCAAAAGAGGGGUGACACAAACAAAAACAUGUGGCUCAGGCUGUGAGAAAACGGUUCUGCAGCUACUGAGGAGAGCAUCCAGUGGACCGGCGGUGGACGUCAUGGGCUUGCACUCAGCCCAGAAGAAGCACUUCCCUCUGCGGGGGAUUGACGGUGUGGUUCAGCUGUUUGACGCCGAGCUCCGGAAGUCUGAACCGGACCUUGCCCUCCUCUCCCUGGUUCUGGGUUUUGUUGAGCAUUUCUUAGCCGUGAACCGGGUCAUCCCCAUAAACGUUCCGGGGGUCCGCUUUGAGCCCCUUGAGCCGGACUGUCCCAACUCCUGCUUCCCCACGGUGGAGCUAGGCAUGAUUUCUGCACUGUACGAGCGCUUUACAGCUCAGAUCCGCGGCGCGGUGGACCUGUCCCAGUACCGUAAGACGGCUUCGGGUUCCAGCAGGGAGCUCGUGAAGAAAGUGUCAGAUGUGAUCUGGAACAGCUUGAGCCGCUCUUACUUCAAGGACCGGGCCCACAUCCAGUCCCUCUUCAGUCUCAUCACUGGUACCAAACUGGACAGCUCCGGUGUGGCUUUCGCAGUGGUGGCAGCCUGUCAGGUUCUAGGUCUAAAGGACGUCCACCUGGCACUGUCUGAGGACCACGCCUGGGUGAUUUUCAGCAAAAACGGCGAAGAGACAGCUGAGGUCACCUGGCACGGAAAGGGCAACGAGGAUCGGAGGGGGCAAACAGUCGCAGCGGGAGUCAGCGAGAAGAGCUGGCUCUACCUGAAGGGCUCCUACAUGAAAUGUGACAGAAAUAUGGAGGUGGCCUUUAUGGUCUGUGCCAUCAACCCCUCGCUGGACCUGCACACAGACAGCUCUGAGCUCCUGCGGCUGCAACAGAAACUCCUGUGGUUGCUGUAUGAUCGAGGCGAUUUGGACAGGUAUCCCAUGGCCAUGGGCACACUGGCAGACCUUGAAGAUCAGGAUCCAAUCCCAGGCAAAGAAAGCCCCAUGACAAUCCACCUCAAGGCAGUUAGCUCUGCUCAGAAGCACUACAACAACGAGCACAUCUACCCCUACAUGUACCUGGCUGGUUUCCAUUACAGACACAGGGAUGUGCGGGAGGCUCUUGGGGCCUGGGCCGAGGCCGCUCAGGUCAUGCAGGAGUAUAACUAUUUCCGUGAGGACGAGGAGAUCUACAAGGAGUUCUUUGACAUUGCAAACGACGUUAUCCCGACUCUGCUGAAGGAGACAGCAGCUGCUGCCGAGAGUCCUGGGGAGGGAGGAGAGGGAGCUGACAAGGAGCACCCCAAGCAGGCAGCAGCCCUCUCAGCACUCCAGGACCCAGAAUGCUUUGCCCACCUGCUGUCUUUCUAUGAUGGCAUCUGUAAGUGGGAAGAGGGCAGUCCCACGCCGGUCCUUCAUGUGGGUUGGGCCACCUACCUGGUCCAGUCUCUGAGCCGCUUUGAUGCUCAGGUGCGCCAGAAGGUGUCGAUCGUCAUCAAGGAGCCAGAGUCCCAGGAUGAUGACGACAUGUCUAGUGAGGACCCCCGGGAGGGCCGCAGGCGAGGCCCCAGGAGAGAGUCCAAGCUGGAUGAGCAGGGUCCUUUUCCUCCCGAUGGGCCCACCUCCCCAUCCUCUCAGCCGCCAGCAGCAGCAGCCCCACAGCCCAAGAAGAUAGGAGAAGGAGGGGGCCGCCGCCGCUCCUCCCAGGGCCUGCGGCCUGGGGACGCCGACGGAAAGCCCAAGUCCCCCAGCCCGGACUCUUCGCCCUCACCCCAGCAACAGGCGUCCCCGUGCCCGGCCGGGCCCGUGGUCGCCUUCCAGAGCGAGAAGAUGAAGGGGAUGAAGGGCCUGCUGUGUGCCGCCAAGGUGAACUCCAGCGCCAUCAAGCUGCAGCUCACGGCCCAGUCCCAGGUCCAGAUGAAGAGGCAGAAGAGCACGCCAGCUGGGGACUACUCCAUGUCCUUCAUGAAGCGGCAGCGCAAGUCCCUGUAGAUGCGCUGGGGCGACUCUGCAGGAAAUACUGUGAACAGCAACACGGAUACCUGACUAACUUCGCUUUGGUUUGUGAACCUUAGUUUCGCCUUUUUGUUACUGGUGUUUUUUAAUCCAGACGUUGACUUCAGUCAACCUUCUCAUUCCCAGCAAUAUAUUUGACUUUCAAGUAUCAGGUCUGAAACGAAAGAAGUGAAACGUUUCACUCUGUUUUUAUUCAACAACAUCCAGAAAAAGACUUUCUGAGCUGUCUAGUUUUCUAUAGAUUGUAAGCACUCAUUCAUCAUUAGUUUGUGAUGAUUGGCAGCCAAUUGCACACUGACUAUUAACUUGUCAUUGACUUACAUGUGGAUGUCUUGAAGCCAAAGUAACGAGGAUGACCAGAAUGCAGCGAAAAGAUGUGUAAUUAUCUUGUACCGUUAGGAACCUGUCCAUGACUGAAGCCUUGGAAGUGAUUCAUUUAGGAUAGUUACUGUGUAACAUUGUCCACUUCUGCUCUUGACAGCUUCUUUCUUGCCAGCUCUAUGUUGCCUUACUUUGCCUUUGUUCUUAUCUAAAGUAGACGGCCUUUAAUUUGGAGAAUAGCAAAGCCGGGCCUAUUUCUAAUGAUUAGAGAAGACCAGGAAGACCAUGCACUGUUGAGACUGUGGGCCACAUUAGGUGGCCCCUAUUACAUCUGAUUUGCUUGAUGAAUUGUGGUUUUUGUUCUUGUUUUUUUUUGUAUCUACAAGUAAUAAAGACCUGAUAAACUGA